CGUCUUGCUUCUUCAUUCCCAGCGAGCGGAGGGCGGCAAUAUGAUAUGACCAGCACCAUCUUCGAUCGAUUCUACGGCUAGGGUGGGGAUCGAGAUGGUGAUCUUGGAGCAGCCACAGCUGCUCCUUCUUCUUCUUCUUCUUGUAGCAGCUGCAGCUGCAACCGGCGCCACAGCAGCCGACGACGAGUUGGAGUGUCCCUCCUCCAUCUUCGAUCACGCUGUGAACUCUCAAGGCGCCAUUCAGUUCCCCGUGUUCCACAAGAAGCACCAAUGCCUCCGCCCAUGGUCUGUCCGUGCAACCCAGGCAUCCUCGACCGGAGCAUCAGGAGCAGGAAAAGGAGGAGGAUUGAACAAUCUACAGGAAGAGGAGAUCACUUCAUCAAGUAGUACAAAAAUCGACGUGAUCGAAGACAGCAGCAUCAACGACUUCCUGUUCCUAAUGGCCGUCAGUCUGGGCAAGCCACCGGUUGUGAACCUGGUGGCGAUCGACACGGGAUCCACCCUCUCGUGGGUGCAAUGCCAGCCGUGCGCGGUGCACUGCCACACGCAGUCCGCGAAGGCCGGCCCGAUAUUCGAUCCCGGCAGAUCCUACACAUCCCGGCGAGUUCGCUGCUCGUCGGUCAAGUGCGGCGAGCUGAGGUACGAUCUGCGGCUCCAGCAAGCCAAUUGCAUGGAGAAGGAAGACAGCUGCACGUACAGCGUCACGUACGGGAACGGGUGGGCGUACAGCGUGGGCAAGAUGGUGACAGACACGCUGAGGAUUGGGGACUCGUUUAUGGAUCUCAUGUUCGGGUGCAGCAUGGAUGUCAAGUACAGCGAAUUCGAGGCCGGCAUCUUUGGUUUCGGCAGCAGCAGCUUCUCUUUCUUCGAGCAGCUGGCAGGGUACCCUGAUAUUCUGAGUUACAAGGCAUUAAGCUACUGCUUGCCCACUGACGAGACCAAGCCCGGAUACAUGAUCCUGGGAAGAUACGACCGUGCCGCCAUGGAUGGGGGUUACACUCCUCUCUUCCGGUCAAUCAACAGGCCAACCUACUCACUGACGAUGGAGAUGCUUAUCGCCAACGGGCAGAGAUUGGUGACAUCGUCUUCGGAGAUGAUCGUCGAUUCCGGGGCCCAGAGGACGUCCCUGUGGCCUUCCACUUUUGCUCUCCUUGACAAGACCAUCACGCAGGCAAUGUCGUCGAUUGGGUAUCACCGGACAUCAAGAGCGCGCCAAGAAUCAUACAUCUGCUACUUAUCGGAGCACGACUAUUCUGGUUGGAACGGCACCAUCACGCCCUUCUCCAACUGGUCCGCCUUGCCUCUGCUGGAGAUCGGCUUCGCCGGCGGUGCUGCACUCGCUUUGCCACCCAGAAACGUCUUCUACAACGAUCCACACCGCGGUUUGUGCAUGACCUUUGCUCAGAAUCCUGCUCUCAGGUCUCAGAUACUGGGGAACAGGGUUACUCGAUCCUUCGGAACAACCUUCGACAUCCAGGGGAAACAAUUCGGCUUCAAAUAUGCCGUUUGCUGAUCGUCGAUUAUUCCUCAUCCUAUGAUAUCUUAUAGCUUGCGGGUCGAUUAAUUAGCUGGUUUGCCCAAAUAACUGAUCGGAUUGGAGUCUUCUCCCGCGCUACACUACCCCUAGCUGCGAUCGUAUCACAAGCUAGCGGUACUUGAUUUGGGACCUAAUUCGUUCAAAAAAAACUUGGCAGCUUAAUUUGGGACCUAGUAGCUAGCUGAGCCACUACUAGAUGUUUACGUACCAGCUAUCCGUCGUUUGUUUGUGUCUCCUGUGCUUGUGCUAAACCUAUCUCUUGAACCGUUCGUGCCAACUUAAUUAUUUGGUCGUAUGUCCUAAUUGUUGAUCAUCUGCAUGGUUCGUCAACCUGAAAUAUACUAGCAUCUGUA